AUGGAGCUCGUAGUUAGACUUGUCGCCUAUCUGGCGCUGCUCGUGGUGACGCUCUGUCUGGCCGUGUACUUGUACGUUACGCGGAGGUAUUCCUUUUGGAAACGACACAAUGUGCCCUUCGUCGAGCCGGAGUUGCCCUUCGGGAACUUUAAGGAGUUGGGUAAAAGCGUUCAUCCGGCUCACCUGAGCCAGCGGUUCUACGAGCGGUACAAGGACAUUGGUCAUGGCUUCGUAGGGCUGUACAUCUUCCUCAACCCGGUGCUGCUGGUGACUGAGCUGCGCCUGGUGAAGCGGAUCCUGAUCGAAGACUUUCACUACUUCCCCGAUCGCGGUGUGUACUUCAACGAGCGGCACGAUCCCCUAUCAGCGCACCUGUUCUCACUCGAGGGUUCGAGGUGGCGUGAUUUACGGUCCAAGAUCACGCCGACGUUCACGAGUGGCCGCAUGAAGAGUGCGUUCCCGCUAGUGCUCGACACCGCUUUGCGGUUCUGUGAAUUCCUCCAGACGCUGUGUGGCGAUAGUACCGGGAGCGUGGUCGAAGUCCGCGAUCUGAUGGCUCGCUUCACGACGGACGUGAUUGGGUCGUACGCGUUCGGGCUCAACUGCAACAGUUUCGGCGAUCCCGACAACGAGUUCCGCCGUAUCGGUCGGAAACACUUCGACACACCACGGAACCAUCCACUGGCCGUGUUCCUGAUGAAAACGUUCCGUGGCCUAGCGAACGCGCUCGGCCUCAAAUUGAUCCAUGAUGACGUGGCCGCAUUCUUCAGCGGCACCAUCCGCAGCACGAUCGAGCACCGCGAGCGGACCGACGAGCGACGGAAUGACUUCCUCGACCUGCUGAUAAGCCUGAAGAACACCGGUAUGCUAGAGGGCGCCAACGAGAUAGUGGGCCGCCUGACGUUCGAGGAAAUAGCGGCCCAGGCGUUCAUCUUUUUCACCGCCGGCUUCGAGACGUCGGCCAGUGCGAUGACCUACACGCUGUACGAGCUGGCUCUGGACGGCGGCACCCAACAACGGGCCCGGGACUGUGUUCUCAGCGAGCUCGAACGGCACGACGGCCAACUGACGUACGAUUCGUUCAAGAAUAUGCUCUACUUGGACCAAUGCAUUUAUGAGACUCUCCGCAAGUAUCCACCGGUGGCCGUUCUCGAGCGCACGGUCGCGAAGCAGUACAAAAUUCCCGGUACCACCGUCGUGCUGCCCGUGGGAAUGAAGAUCAUGAUCCCGGCAUACGCGAUCCAGAACGAUCCGGCCAUCUAUCCCGAUCCACACCGUUACGACCCGGAUCGGUUCACACCCGAGCUGAUGGCUCGGAGGAAUCCGUGCGCUUACCUACCGUUUGGCGAGGGUCCUCGAAUAUGUGUCGGGCUGCGGUUCGGGUUGAUGCAGGCACGGAUUGGGUUGGCUCUGCUACUGAAACACUUCCGUGUGCUGCCCUGCGAGGAUACGGAAGUGCCGCUGACGUACUCCACGACGGCAUUCGUGCUGACUCCGGUGAACGGGGUGCGGUUACGAUUGGAGCGAUACGAGUAAGAAAGAGAAAUUAAAAAACGGAAAUUUAAAGUAAUUCAAAAACACGGCAGAGAAACCUAAAGGCCGGUCUACACGCUGCGAUCUGCAAUGCAAUAUCGCAUGAAGUGACAUCUCCGGAGACGUCAUAAAUGUCACUGCCGCGAGUGGAAAUCUGAAGACUCGACAUGCAAUUUGUGAACAAAUUUCAAAACAGGGUCAGUUUGUCGGUUGGACAUGUUGGAAUCAGCCAUGGAAGCAACACUGUGUUGGUUUGCCUUACCAUUGUGCUUUUCGGUUAAAAAGCGAAAAAAGAACGUGCGAAGAGGUUACAGUGUCGAGGAAAUUGCUUUUAAAUGGCAUCGUAUGCCUGCGCCUUUUUAUUCCGAUCACUAUAUUUUUUAUUUUUUAGUUGCCAAAGACAUGGCAGACUUUCGUAAAUUUUUAUAAAUUCAGUUACACACUUUCGCGAACGUUGACGAAGCGUCCAAAAUAUAAAUAAGAGGCCAAAACAAAACAUCAACAAGUCAACCGACAAACUGACCCUGUUUUGAAAUUUGUUCACAAAUUGCAUGUCGAGUCUUCAGAUUUCCACCCGUGGCAGUGACAUUUAUGACGUCUCCGGAGAUGUCACUUCAGGCGAUAUUGCAUUGCAGAUCGCAGCGUGUGGA